UGGGGGUGUAAAAAUAUCUCGAUCAGGGGUUUUGGUAUACGACAUGUGUAUGUUGUUCUAGUGGCAUGAAGAAAGAAAUAACGAGUAGCACAAAACUUUUUUUGUGUUGAAUACAGUGAAUUGAAGUGUGGUAUAGUUAAGCUUUGACAACUGUCUCGCUAUGGCUUCAAAAGGUGGACCAAUUGCUCUUGGCACGGAUGGAGCUGAUUUUGUGCAUCGACAGCGUGUAGCAGCACAGUAUCAGAUUAGUGCUCUAAAUAAAUCACGGCUUAAAUACUGCAUAUUUUUUCACUACUUAUUAUUCUUUGCGAUGCUUGCAAAACUGUCUGCAGAUAUUCUGGAUCGCUUGGAUAUAUUCAUUUUAGAAAUAGAAGAACUUCAGAUCCCAGAGCCGCUCUGGUGGGAGUAUAUCUGGUGCAUUAGUCUGCUCCUGUCAUUUCUUGGAUUGGCAGCUGUACGCAAGAACCGGAUAAAAACCAUGAAACAAUAUAUGAUGGGAAUAAUUCUAUUUGGAUUUGGCCCACUUAUGUAUGCAGCAGUGUUCUAUUUCACUGAGGUGUUGGAAUACCUCAGUGAUGGUGAAACUGAGGAAAUUCAGAUGUGGCAAGGAUACCCCUAUGCACUACUGUGGUAUGGAUUCAUCUUACUAGCUGUCCAAGUCCAUUUCUUUUCCUUGUACUUUGCAUGGAAUCUUGUAACUGCUUGGAAAGCCAGAGGAACAAAAAAAGUUGACUGAAAGUGCAUUUUUUAAUAAUUUCAUGUAUUCAGUUUUGUUAAUGAUGCCCCUCUGACAAUUCAUUGGUUUUUUCUUUUUUAAAAAACAUUUUGUUCACUAUACCAGUAUUUUAAUUCACAAGUUGCAGAUGGAUGCAUGCAAUAAUGUAACAUGCAGAACAGGCUUGUAUUUAAUGUCAGUGUGUUAAUACUGCAUAAACAAACUGAUUAUUUCAUGAACAUAUUUAUUUUCUCAACAAACAAUUUAUUUUCAAAAUAUUGUUUCAAUCAUUCAUUACAUUAGCUUUAAUUAUUCUGAAAUUGUAUCACUGUCACCAUUGAAGAAGAAGAAGAAGAAGAAGAAGAAGGAUGAUGAUGAUGAUGAUGAUGAUGAUGGUGACUGGGGGAAAAUGGGUGCAGCAUUUAUUAGCUACCUCAGGUUCCUUAAAGCUGAAUACCUUGGGAGCAUUUGCUUUAUUUUGAAGUGGGAGAAAAUUAUAAACAUUUAUUACAACUUUGGCAAUCUUUCAUGCUCCCUUUCACUUUAACCAUCUUGUCAUAAUGAGUUCCUACUUUGUUUACAAUUUAAUGAAGCUGAAUAUUUGACCCAGCCUCCAACAAAAGUUUCAAAAGCUUACAUGUUGUAUGAGAGUGAUCAUGUUCUGAAACAAAACAAAUAUGUUUAUGUUGCAGCCUUUCCUGUCCAUCCUAGUUAGACAUGUGCAUAACCACAACACAAAUUCUUAGUGAUACACCUGCAAUACCUUGGUGAUAUGUGCUGCAAACUGGUAGCAAAAUGUGUAGUGUUGUGUGGACAACAUAAUUAAUGCCUGUAACCCUAUUGCUAUGUUUUUUUCCCCCAGAUGGUUGUCCUAAAUUUGUGGAGUCUAAUGUGACUGAAUAAUUGUCUUAUGUAUUGCUGACAUAUUUGUAUAAUUUUACUAGUAUAAACAAUCAUUGUCACCUUUUUUUAUUGAUAUUUAAUAAUGAAACUGCUGUAUGUGAAGAAGGUGCAGUUCUACAUUACACUUUUAUAUUCAUGUUUUUCAGAAGUAGUACAUGACAUAUCUUUGUGUUCCUAAAAUAUUUCAUAGGACUUCCAAAAACUGAUGGUAUUAGAAUGUAGCUUUGCUGGUAAAGCAAAACAUGUUGCAGAGCCUAAUUCCAUUUAAUUAAUGGAGAUUUUAAGGAUGUACUGAUUACUUAAGUCUCAUGCAGCAGGUUCUGAAAUACAGAUUUUGCUAAUAAACUAUGCAUCCUGGCCAGCUUCCUUUGUAUGCAGGCAUAUAUGGACUGUGAGAAUAUGCUCAUUGGGUAGUAUCACAUUUUAUUUUGUUUAGUCCCAUUCUUACAUCCUUAUUUAUUUCAUUUUUCUUCAUUGCCAUAACAUUUAUCUGUGUAUAAUAAUUUUUCUGAUAAUAGUUUUUCUGUGGCCUAAAUCAUUCAUUGCUCAUAUUGCCCAGGCAUAAUUUUAUUGUAUUUGUACAUUCGUUCUGUACAUACUUUGUCAGAACUUUUACUCCAAUCACAGCAAACUAGUUUUGGGUCGUUCACUACUCCCAUCCUCAACUCUGUUGUCUCACUGUGCUUACUUUUUUUGUUUGUUUUACCAUUAACUCAUUAGCUUUUUUUUAAAAAAAAAAAAAAAAAGACAGAAAUGAAGCAUGAAAUAUGUGUAAAAACAGUACACAAAUUGCAGCCUGUCUGUGUGGCCAGUGGAGAAAUUCAUAACUGACUACUGAGUCUCAGUCUUUUGAAGACAUAUGUUUCUUAAUGCUGGACACUAAGAGUGGCCAAGAUUCUAAAAACAAUUUACUUUACAUUCAUUACGCCACCAGUGUGUCAUUUAUGCUGAUGAAAUGUCAGUAAUAUUAACAACCUUUGUGAAGGAAUGUUAAGUUCAUACCCGUGGACAGUAUAGCAUUAAUCAAUUGCAAAAUCCUCAGAAAUUGUCCACAGUCAUAUGCCUGUGACUACUUUAUUCAUGCUUAACGUACUCAUCUAGUCCUAUGAAUUUAAACUCCACUCUUGUUUCUUCACUCCUUUUUAUCAGUGUAAAUCUAGAUUCCAUCUUUAUUUGGUUAAGCUGCAUGACUAAUUAGCAUUUGUUACAGAGUUCCUUAAAUGUUAAAAUCCAGUACAACAAAUAAAUAAAGUUGUGUUACUGGUAACACAAGCCCCAUCUUUAGGGUAACUAUUGGAAGUUGCCGAUAUAUUUACUGGGUUCUAAUGAAGUAGCAAAAAUGAUGAUAUUUUUUAUUUUAAUAUGUACUUUAAAAGUUAAUAUUUUGAGGCACUAGUUAAGUGUGUGUGUGUGUGUGUGUGUGUGUGUGUGUGUGUGUGUGUGUCAAAUUUGUUCCUUGUUGCAACAAUAAUUUUAUAAUGUGGUAUUGAAAAUAUACAUCAUAGAUGUCUUUGCAUCUAUUCCUCCAUUCUGAAAGUUUUGUUUUAAUAAUUUUGACUGAUAGUAUUUCAAAACUGUUCCAUUAAAGCUUGUUUGGAGGGUCUCUGUAAUCUUGCAUACUUUAUUAUGCAUUUUUAAUUUUCUGUGUAGUGUCACAGAACUGUAUAUUCAAUUUAUUAUUGCAAGUUGGACAACAUGGAGUAUUAUAGGACGAAUGUAUUUGAAUUGCACAGAUCAUUGUUGUGAAAAUUAGUGACACUAUAUUUCUAAAUGUAGGACAAUUAUUUUCAAAGUGAAACAUGGAUGUCAUAAUUUUCCUGAUGGAUUGAGGACAACUGAAUGGGCUAUAUUUGCCUACAAGUAAAAUAAUUUACUGCUGUCAGAAAACAUUUGUAAAUUUGUUUGAAAGGACUCUCUUGCAGGGUAGUUUCUAAAAGAGAGAGGAAGGCAGUUGCAAAAAUGAAAUCAGGGCCUAGUUACAAAGCUUCUUAAACAAUGAGACACUCAAAUAAGUUUUUUGUGUAUAUAGACUGAAGUGAGUAGUGAAAAUUUGCACCAAGGCUGGGAAUCUAACCCAAGUCACCUGUUUACUAGGCAGGUGCAUUAGCCACUAAGCCAUCUCGACACAGCGGUUCACACAACUGCAUGGAUUACCCCAACAUGCCUCCCUCCCCGAUCCAGAUUCUCGUUGCCACCCCAGUCUACUUUAAAUUCCCUCUUACACACAAACAUAAUUACCUAGGAUCAUGUUGUGGAGUAGCAGCUCAUCAUCAAAUGUAAAUGGGGCCUCCAGUCUGACAUCCAGUGGCAGUUACUUAUACAAAUUCUGCUUCAGUCUAUAUACAUAAAAUCAUAUCUGUAUGAGACCAUUAAAUUCGCUGAAAUUGUGUCAUUUCACUCAGAUAAGUUUCUACUUGUCUUAUAACUGACAGCAUUAUGUCAAUAAAUUCAAGACUCUGUGUACACCCACCCGUCUCCCUCUCUCUCACUCACUUUCCAUAAACCUUCCACAUCAUGUUUAGUUUGUUAGCCAGACCACUGUUCCCCUUUACCUGUAACUGCUACAACACAAAUUUUCAUAAUUUUAUGUGUGUGCAU